CUUCCCCAGGCGUUGUUGCCAUUGGUUAUUUCCUAGCUUAGUGUUCGCGAUAGAAACAUCCGCGUUGGAUACCCGCUUCCACACAACACUCUCUUCUUUCUCUCACACUCAUCACUUUCUUCCCAUCACAUACAAGUACCAUGUUAUCCUUAUCACGCGUAGUUAACCAUCCCCUUUUCAACUUUGCCUUCUUCAUGGGCAUUCGGCAAGUCACCAAGCGAUUGCCGCUGGAAGAGCCUUCGUACUUGUGGUCGCUCCGUAUAUUGUAUUUGACAUGCCAGUUCAUUGCCAUUGGCAUGAACUAUUGGUUGAUUUGGCAAGUAAACAAAAAGAAUGAUACAACGUCCUUACGUUACGUCGAACCUGCUCAACAGCAGUGGGAUGGUACACAGUCAGAGGAAAAGCUUGUCAGCACCACAAAUAAAGACUAUGAUGUGGCCGAAAUCAAAAAGGUGAUGAAGCAAUCUUUUACGGGUAUUGCCAUGAUUGGAUUCUUGCAUCUUCAAUUCAAGUUUGUGCAGCCCUUGAUUAUCCAGUCGAUCAUGGUGUUCAAGACAUUCUUUACCAGCAAGGAAGCGCGUAUUCAUAUUUGGGGCGAGAGUACGUCGUCCGGUCCUUUGCGCCGUCCAUUCCGGGCUGAUUCGCCGUUCGGUUUUAUGCCCCAAGGCAAGCAGCCAAAGACCGACAAGGCUUCCAUCAAGCGUGCAGAGAAGGCAAUGAAGGCCGAGUAAAAAAAAGUAAAAAGAAACAAUAAAAAUGGGAUCGAUAGAAAAAGAGAAGUUCCCAAGAGUAUUUUGACAUUAUUCAACGACACCAACAAACGCACCUUAUAUUACACUUAAAUAUCACAAAAAAAAAAAGAACGGGGAUAAUUUUCAUACCAGAUUGCAGCAGUAAUCUUUCUUUUAUGUACAAUAAUUAUAAUAUAUAAAAUAA